AUGCCAACAUCUGCAAAACCAGAUUCCCAACGAUGGCUCCAUGCACCUCCAUCGGUUAAUACUGUCCGUGUUCGCAUCAUAGACUCAACCGGAAACCUGGCUAUCCCAGCCACUGUUUUUCUGGAGCCAGCGGGAAAGGGACAUGAAUUGCUGAAUGGAACAACGUCGUGCUUCCUCAUCGAAAACGAGCGCUUGGGGAAGAGGGCUGUAUUUGACUUGGGUCUUCGCAAAGAUUGGUGGAAUCUAGCACCUAAGCUCCGGGAAAGCUUAGGUCAAAUGGCGGUGUCUAUAAAAGUCGACACAGACGUCGCCGAGGUCCUUCAAAACGCUGGUGUGUCGCUGGACCAAAUCAAUGAUAUUAUCUGGAGUCAUGCACACCUUGAUCAUACCGGGGAUACAUCGCGGUUUCCUUCCGGCACAACUCUCAACUAUGGAAAGGGAAUCGCUGCCUUGAAGCCAGGAUAUCCAGAUCAGCUAGACUCUCAACUCCUCACAUCCGAUUUCGCCGGACGCCCCAAUAGGGAGAUUGACUUUGGCAAAUCCACCUUGAAAAUCGGCGGGUUCCCGGCUGUCGACUUUUACGGUGACGGCUCGUUUUAUCUUCUCGAUACCCCAGGACACGCAGCCGGACAUCUCUGCGGCUUGGCCAGGGUUACUGCAAGUCAUGAGGGGCAGGGUAGAGACACCUUUGUCCUCUUUGGUGGGGAUGUCUGCCAUUUCUCCGGCAUGUUGAGGCCUAGCCAAACUCGCCCCUUGUCGAAGGCAAACUUCCCAGGUGCUUCCCUCCGAGUUGCAGAUAUCGUUGAUCUCAAUGCGCUACUAAGACGCCAUUCGCAUUUCCCGCCAUCUUCGGGUACCUCCACGGCUGACUCCUCGAACCCUGUCCUGGACACGCCAUGGUGUUCCGUUUCAACCGCCGAAUACAGCGCGUACGAAGACCCUGCUACGGCUCAGGCAACACUCAAUCAAUUUCGAGAAGCCUUUGACGAAGCAGAUAAUGUCUUUGUAGCAUUGGCGCACGACAACAACCUACUGCUCAAGGACGGAGGGAAAUCUGUGCUGCCUACACUGAACGAUUCGCCACAACAAGAUAUAAACGGCUGGUAUGAGAAAGGUUGGAAGGAUAAACUGCACUGGUCCUGGCUUGGCGAGUUGGGCAAAGAGGACAAGUAUGGGAAUAUUAAGCCAAUGGAGCCGCAUGUUGUUGGGUACUGGAAGAAUGGGAAGAAGUACGAUAGCGCAGCGGAGAUCCUGCACCAAGUUGAGCAGCAGGAAACGUCAGCAGCAUAG